UCCAGUUCAAUAGUUGACGACAGCAUUUAACUAGGAACCUGGUGAAAUCCACAAUGAGAACCAAGAAACUUUGGCAGUCCUGGAACUAUUGGUUACUAAUUGAAUGACCUUCACAAGUAACAUGGCCUCUGUGACCCUGUUUUCUCUUUCAAACCCAGGAUAACUUUUCUAUUUGGGUAUUAUGAGACGAAACACAGAACAAAGGACGAGAUUCACGUGGGGCGUCACCAGUGACUAAGGUGGGAGUCUGAUAUUGCUCAAGGAAAAAAGAUAAACGACUUUCGCAGGAAACUAAGGAGGAGAAACAAAGGACCCCCCAAACGACACCCUUGCCAGCCUCAACUCUUUUACACAGAUAACUCCAUACUAUGGCGGACACACUCUUAACUGAAAAACGAGUAUUCACUUUGGACGAGUUUUUCUCUCACUAACGCAAAAUUUUCCAAAACUUUGCAUUUUUCCAAACUUUGCUUCCGCGCUCAGUCUGCAAACGAGUCAGGUUUUCCUCAGUGGCCCAGGGUUUGGGAAGGGCGUAAGUCACCACAAGCCAAGAGGAGUUCCAGCCUGUGCGGAGCAGCGGGCAGGGGACCAGCUCCGGGGUUAGGAUGUUGUGCGGCAGGCAUAGCCGCGGAGAGACCGCCCCACUCCAACCAGCCUACUCCGCCUCCAUCAGACACGUUUGCACAAUUUAGGGAGUGACUUCCGGCCUCAGAGGUGUGUGUUCCGGUCGUCCCUUAGCUCGUCUUCCUUCCGGGGCGGAACUUUCUAUCAGAGGUGCGCGGCUGCGGAGCUCGUAGAGGGGAAAGACUGGAGGGCUCCGCCCCCGGCGUCCCGUGGCCAUGACGACCACCCGGCGGGACUCCCUCGUGUGGAAGCUCGCGGGGCUGCUGCGGGAGUCCGGGGACGUGGUUCUAUCUGGCUGUAGCACACUGAGUCUGCUGACUACCACACUGCAGCAGCUGAACCACGUAUUUGAGCUGCACCUGGGGCCAUGGGGCCCUGGCCAGACAGGCUUUGUGGCUCUGCCUUCCCACCCUGCUGACUCCCCCAUCAUCCUCCAGCUUCAGUUCCUCUUUGAUGUGCUGCAGAAAACACUUUCACUCAAGCUGGUCCAUGUCCCUGGUCAUGAUCUACCAGGGCCCAUCAAGAUUUUUCCCUUCAAGUCUCUUCGGCAGCUGGAGCUCCGAGGUGUCCCUCUCCACUGCCUGCAUGGCCUCCGAAGCAUCUAUUCCCAGCUGGAGACCCUGAUCUGUAGCAGGAGCAUCCAGGCAUUAGAGGAGCUCCUCUCAGCCUGUGGUGGUGACCUCUGCUCUGCCCUCCCCUGGCUGGCUCUGCUUUCUGCUGACUUCAGCUACAACACACUGACCACCUUAGAUAGCUCUCUGCACCUCUUGUCAUCUCUGCGCUUCUUGAACCUGAGCCACAAUCAAGUGCACAACUGUGAGGGCUUCCUGAUGGAUUUGUGUGAACUCUGCCAUCUAGACAUCUCCUAUAACCGCCUACAUUUGGUGCCGAGAAUGGGACCUGCAGGGGCUGCCCUGGGGGUCUUGAUACUGCGAGGCAAUGAGCUUCAGAGCUUGCAUGGCCUGGAGCAGCUGAGGAACCUUCGGCACCUGGAUGUGGCAUACAACCUGCUGGAAAGACACAGGGAGCUGUCACCAUUGUGGCUGUUGGCAGAGCUGCGCAAACUCUACCUGGAGGGGAACCCUUUGUGGUUCCACCCUGCACACCGAGCUGCCACUGCCCAGUACUUGUCACCCCUUGCCAGGGAUGCUGCUUCUGGCUUCCUUCUUGAUGGUGAAAUCUUGUCACUGACAGAUUCUCAGACCCCCUCAUCCUUGGGUUUUGGCCAUAUGGCCCCACCUGUGUCCUGGCCAGUGGGGAGUACCACUGAAACUUCUGGUGGCCCUGACCUAAGUGAUAGCCCUUCCUCAGGCGGUGCUGUGGUCCAGCCCCUGCUUCAUAAGGUUAAGAGCCGAGUCCGUGUGAGGCGGGCAAGCAUCUCUGAACCCAGUGAUACAGACCCAGAGCCCCGAACUCUGAACCCCUCCCCAGCUGGACAGUUUGUGCAGCAACAUCGGGAACUUGAGCUCAUGAACAGCUUCCGGGAGCGAUUUGGCUGUGACUGGCUGCAGUAUAGGAGCCACUUGGAGACCUCUGGGAGCCCCCCUUCAGCUUCCUCCAAGACUCCUGCCCUCAGCAUGCCUCCUGCAGACUCCUUGGACCCAGGCACUCCACUCAGCCCUUCAUCCCCAGAAGAAGCAGCCAGAGGCCCUGAGGAGUCAUCACAGAAAAUGUCAGGGGAGGUCAAGGUAGAGCCGGAGCCACAGGAGGAAGAAGAGCUAGAGGAACCAGAGACAGAAGGAGGAAAGGAGCAACAGGAGGAGGACAAGGAGCAGGAACAGAAGGAAGUGGAAGCGGAGCUCUGUCGCCCCAUGUUGGUGUGUCCCUUAGAGGGGCUUGGGAAUGUUCGGGGCAGAGAAUGCUUUCUCCGGGUCACUUCUGCCCACUUGUUUGAGGUGGAACUCCAAGCAGCUCGGACCCUGGAAUGCCUCGAGCUCCAGAGUCUGGAGGCAGCUGAGAUAGAGCCUGAGACCCAAACCCAGAGAGGACCAGUGCCUGAGGGUGCAGAUCUGCUUCCUGGGGCCCCUGUCCUCGUUCUGCGCUUCUCCUACAUUUGCCCUGACCGGCAGUUGCGUCGCUAUGUGGUGCUGGAGCCUGAUGCCCACGCAGCUGUCCAGGAGCUGCUUGCUGUAUUGGCCCCGGUCACUGCCAUGGCUCGGCAUCAGCUUCGGGAAGCCAGGGACCUACAGGAGGGCAGAUUCCAGUGUCUACGCUGUGGCCACAUAUUCAAGCCAGAGGAGCCCAGGCUGGGCUUGGAUAGUGAGGACGGCUGGAGGCCUCUGUUCCAAAAGACAGAGUCUCCUGCUGUGUGUCCAAACUGUGGUAGUGACCAUGUAGUUCUUCUGGCUCAGUCUGAUGGAACCCCCAACAGGGAGCAGAAACAAGAAGAGCAAGCAUCAGUUCCCUCUCAGUCUGCUAGCCCUGGCUGUGACCCUUCUGGCUUCAGUGACCACAACAGGGCUGAGAACAUUCUACCUCAGGCACCCAUCUCCCGUGACCACAGUAGUUGGAGCCUCAGUCCCUCUGCUGAGCGCCAUGGCCUCCGCUCCGUGGACCACCGACUCCGGCUCUUCCUGGAUGUUGAGGUGUUCAGUGAUGCCCAGGAGGAGUUCCAGUGCUGCUUCAAGGUGCCAGUGGUAUUGGCAGGCCAUCCUGGAGAAUUUAUGUGCCUUGUGGUCCUGUCUGACCACAGGCUUUACCUGUUGAAAGUGACAGGGGAGAUCCAUGAGCCUCUGGCUAGCUGGCUCCAGCUGACUCUGGCCAUUCCCCUGCAGGAUCUGAGUAGCAUAGAGCUGGGCCUGGCAGGACAGAGCUUGCGGCUGGAGUGGGCGGCUGGGGCAGGCAGCUUUGUGCUGCUGCCCCGAGAUGCCAGGCGUUGCCGGGCCUUCCUAGAGGAGCUCGUUGAUGUCUUGCAGUCUCUGCCUCUCACCUGGAAGAACUGUGUCAGUGCCACAGAGGAGGCAGUGACUCCACAGCACCGGCUCUGGCCAUUGCUGGAGAAGGACUCAUCCUUGGAGGUUCCUCAGUUCUUUUACCUUCGGGUGUUUCUAGUUGAAGGCCCUUCUACCUGCUCUGUGUCCCUGUUGCUGACUCUGUCUACCCUCUACCUGUUGGAGGAGGACCCUCCUGGGUCCCAGGCAGAGCCCCCUCUUCCAGCAGCUUCUGAUGAAGCCUCAGAGAAGGUUCUUCCUUUGAGGUCUGACCCUUCUGUGCGUGUCCGGGAGCAGCAGCUGCUCAGCAGCCUGAGCUCAGUGCAGCUCUACCGCAUGGCCCCGGAGGACUUGCGGCUAGUCUUCUAUGAUGAGGUGUCUCGGCUAGAGAGCUUCUGGUCGCUCCGAGUUGUGUGUCAGGACCAGUUGACAGCCCUGCUGGCUUGGAUCCGGAAGCCCUGGGAGGAGUUGUUUUCCAUUGGACUCCGGACUGUGACUCAAGAGACUCUGGACCUUGACCGUUGAGGCUUCCACGCUGACCUUGACCCUGACCUUGGGAGCCAUGCUGCACAUGUUCCUUCUCUUGGUGUCUGGGUCCAGUUUCCAUACUCUGGCUUUAGACUUCUUCAGCCUUUGGACACUGGGCAGGGAAGCCCCAGAUGACCCAUGGCUUAAGGGACAGGCGAGAGAAAUGGUGUGCCCUCUUAGUGAUGUGGCCUACGAGGACAGUCUAAGUCGUCAGGAGGAAAUGUUUCUGUUGUACUUUUUCUCAGGUAUUAAUAAAGCUGUUUCUAUUCCAGUUGUCAUGGGUGGUACUUAGAUGUUUCACUCCAGGCCUGCCAUUCUUCUAACCUUCGCCCGUAGGGGCAGUAGCAAACAGCUUUGUACUGUGAGAACCUCUCUCCAACCCUCCUCUGGCCCCGGCUUGUGGAACAAGUAGGACACCUGACCCAUGAACACCCAGUCCUUAAGCUGGCAGUGACCUGGCAUGGAAACUCUGCUGUGCAAAUAGGCAGGCCAGUUAGAUUCUCACCCUCUU